CACACACACAGGCCACCACACAAAGAACAGGAUCACAUCAGCCUGACAUGCACAGAUGAAGGCAAAUAUACAGGGAACCCCAUUCUGUGAGGAGGGGAGCAGCUGACACAGCACCAUGCCUCCUGUGCCUCUGGAAGAACGCACAGCUUCCCUCCCUCGUCCUCAAUCGCUUCCCCUACGAGCCAUGCCCCAUGCUUGUCUUGCUCCUGAGGUGAGAGGUCUCCAACCAGGACACAGAGCUCCGUCCCAUGCCGACCUCACCAUACCUGGGCCUUUACCGCUCCUUCCACCUGUACGCUGGCCCAGAGAGAACUUCACCCGACGAAGGGUUUCUCCUCCAUCUCCAUCAUCUCACUCCCCGUCCUGUUUUCGCUGGGCUCUUCACCCAUUAAAAUGUGGCUGUCGAGGUUGUUGGCGCCUCCUUCGUCCUCCCAAGAAAUCUGUAGGCUCAUCUUGCAGCUGUGACCCUAUUGUGACCUUCGAUCCACAAUUUGUGGGAGGGUCAAGGGUCAGCUACGAUGAAGAUGAUGAUUACAGUGUCCGGGCCAUUUGGCCAGAUGAGCUGGCAAGGAAGAUGUCGAGAACUCAUGGAUGUACACUAGGGAGAGCACCACUGCUACUAGAUUGCAGGGGACUGGAGAAAAUGGAGGAAUCGCUGCCUGCUCCUCCCCCUGUAUCCUCUACUCUCCCUCCAUCUCCAGUUGGGGGAUCAAACCGAAGGUUGCACAGCCUGUAUCUUCUGCUAGAGCCACUAAGUGAAAAUGAUGGUGUCGGAAAUGGAAAAGCCUCAGUUGAACCUCCAGUUGAAGAGAGCAUCACACCAGUAGAAAUUCCCCCUGCGCUACUGUUAUCGCCUGACCUGGAAAAGGCUGAACUGAGCCUCAUUCUUCCUUUUCUCUUCCUGGGAAAUGAGAAAGAUGCCCAGGACCUGGGGCGUAUGGUCACCCUAAACAUAGGACAUGUCCUUAAUGUUACCACUCACCUCCCACUGUAUCAUGCAGAGUCCGGGGGACUGCGAUACAAGAGACUGCCAGCCACAGACAACAGUAAGCAAGACCUCAGACAGUACUUUGAGGAAGCUUUUGAGUUCAUAGAAGAGGCUCAACAGCAAGGCAAGGGGGUGCUUAUUCACUGCCAGGCAGGGGUCUCUAGGUCUGCCACGGUUGUCAUUGCAUACCUCAUGAAGCACACGUUGAUGACAGUGGGCGAUGCCUAUAAGUUUGUGAAGGGAAAACGUCCAAUUAUCUCGCCAAACCUGAACUUUAUGGGGCAGCUCCUUGAGUUUGAAUCAGACUUGAAUGCUGGUGUCACCCCACGAAUCCUUGUCCCUAAACUGAGGGGUGUAGAGACAGACGUUUGAUGCAAAAGAAGUAGGAAAAAGAAGAUGGGGGAUGAAGUGUUGAAGAAGAAAAAAGAAAGAGGAGAAAGAAAAAUGGGACAAUGGUGUAAAGGGCUUUAAAAGCUUGAGUAUUUAUUUCUCAGUCUGAUAAGUCAUUCAGAUCCACACUAAUCUGUAUAGAAUUGUCAUACACAACGUGGAAGCCCUUUCAACAAUAAAGUGCAACCCCCGGGUUUCUUUCCAAUGUGACCCAUAGUCUCAGAUUCCAUUUAAAAGGAACCUCAACUUCAGACUUUACCAAUAUGGCUCCAACCCCAAUAUGGCUACCACUCAACAGGGUGCUCAUUCUCAGCUUCUUACAGAAUAGGAUGUCCUCCUUCAAAAAUUGUUCAUAAGAAGACUAGAACUUUAGGCUCAUCCACACCAUGGCUCAGAACCUUUAGACUUGGUCACCAUAUGACGCACAACUUCCAGACUCUGUAAAACCACAGCAUGCAACCUCUACGCUCCAUUACAACAAGGGCCACAACCACUACAUUCCAUUACAGCGUGGUUUACAAACUUUUAACUCCAUUACAACAUGUCACAUAACCUAUAAACUCCAUCACAACAGGCCCCACUUACUUUUAACUCCUUUACACCAUGGUCCACUUAUUAACUCUGUCACACCAAGGUUCACAACCUUUAGACUCCAUCACAAUAGGGUCCAUAACCUCUAUACUUUAUAAUGAAAUUGCUAAAAAACUGUUGGACUUCAUCAAAACAUGGCCAAAAACUUCCAGACUCUAUUACAAUAUGGAUCACAACCUCUAGACUCUACAACAAUAUGACUCAAAUCCUGUAGACUCCAUCACAAAAAAAUAACCAUCGCCGCUAGAUUCAAUCACAGCAGUGCACACAACCACUCCACUCUUCAUAACACCAUAACCCUCAUCCUACAGACUCCAUCACAACUUGGUGCACAACCUCUAAACGCUGUCACAAUAUUGCUCAGAACUUUUAGACUCCAUCACAACAGGAUCCACAUACUCAAUCACAACAUAGUCCAGAUACUCUAGAACCCAGCACAAUAUAUUCCACAACCUCUAGACUAUGUUACAAUAGGGCAAACAAUCUCUAGACUAUGUUAUAACAGGGCCCACAAACUCAAGACUACACCACAAGCCACAGACUACCCUAUAACUGUUCACUUAAUAUCACACUACAGUAUCUUUAUCCACAGCUUCCCACAAUAGAUUUUUUACCUUUGAUUUUUCCUCAGAACUAGGUCCAAAAAUCUCAUUCUUCGCAAUUACUGGGCCCACAAUCCAGAGAAUCCACUACAAUAGGUCCCUUAUUCCACAGUAUAUACAUCAACCAAUUCUCCAACAUGGCAUACCAUACCAUCCAACAACAAGACAAGAAUAGUCACUUUCUCCCUGGCAUAUACUAUCAGGCUCUCCCAUUAAAUAAUAUAGUGAUCAAAACUUCUCAAUAUCAGGUCCAUCACCAGAUACUAAAUUACAAUAGGUCCUGUACCUCUAUAUUCCUGAGCAAUUCUUUCAGAAUAACCCAUCCUUCCUUAAAGGGACACUAAACCCAUUUUUUUUUCUUUAAUGAUCCAUAUAGGGCAUGACAUUUUAAGCAACUUUCUACUUUACUCCUAUUAUAGUUUUUUCUUCGUUCUCUUGCUAUCUUUAUUUCAAAAUCAGGAAUGUGAUGCAUAGGGCCCGGCCCAUUUUUG